CCUCUGAAGUGAAAACUUUUCUCUCCCUCCACCCUGACCUUCUCUUCUUCCUCGGUCUUGUAGGUGAGCUGCAUGAUUGGGCAGCAGGUUGGAGGGGUAGUCUUUUAGAAAUCACAUGGUUCACGUUUACAGCUCUGUGAGACGCCAUUUUGGAGGAAAGUUUGGGAUUUGUAGACCUGGGGAGGUGCAGGAGGAGGAGGAGGUGGAGGAAGAAGAAGAAGAAGAAGAAAGAGGAAAAGGAGGAAGUAGAAGAGAAAGAGAGGAGGGAUUAAGAGUGAGAGAAGUUUGACACGAAUGCACAACGCAGGCUGAGCUGGGAAUAACACUCAGGAGUGCGUGCCAGUGCGGGAUAAACCGGGCUCGGGUUGAGGUGUUCCUCCAGGCUGGACUUUGAAGGGGUUUUUAAUUUGUGGAAAAAGCCUCAGAGCUCCGGGGAGAGGAUCACUUCCCUGCAGCACAGCAGCAGCUCGGCCCAGAUCCUGCAUGCACGGACACACAGGGCUCUGGACGUGGACUUUGCCCCCCCAGAGGUCCUGGUCUGUGGAGGAGAGAUCUGCACUUUUUAGCACCCAGCCGUGCGCCAACACCGCGGCCAUCCUGCGCGCUGCAAGCCGGGGCAGGGAGCGUCUGAGGCGGGGAACUACAGCACCGAGGGUCGGUCCUCUGCUGGAGCUUCUGUCCUGGAGAGAGAUCUCUCACACACUCCAACCCGGGACUCCUGUCUUGGUUUCUCCUGUCUUGGUUUCUCCUUGCCCCCCCUGCAGACUCGGUGUCGUUGUGUGACAGGGACUUUGCAGGUCUGCUGGUCUCGGAGGGGAACUUGGUGUCGUCGUGGAGGGAUUUUGUUGAGCCCUGACCUGGAGCUGUGACAGGAGGCUUUAACUGCAGGACUAAUCAAUACAAGAGUCCUGAGUGGGGACUGGAUGAGGCCAACACACGACUAGCUCCAUACCGAGCCGCGCCAGACCAGACCAUGCCAGUCCGAAAGAAAGAUGCACAGCGAGCCCUGCUGCUGCUGGAGGAGUACCGUACAAAGCUGCACCACGCCGAGGACCGGCAGCUCCGGCACUCCAUCCAAAGGGUCAUCGACAUCUUCCAGAGCAACCUCUUCCAGGCCCUCAUAGAUAUCCAGGAAUUUUACGAAGUGACCUUAUUGGACAGUCAGAGAUGGACCGAGUCUUCCAAGCCGGCGGACCCGAUGACGCCCGUCAACCUGUGGGACUUCUCCAGCCUUCAAAGCACAACGGUGACCUCGGACACUCUGCCCAGCCUUAGCACCAGCAUCGAGGACUCGCCCCUCCUAAACGAAAUCCUGCACACGUUGGCGCAGGCGCAGCACUCGCCUGGCCCGGAUGGAGAACAGCCGUGAUAUCUGAACACUGGAGGCAAUCCAGCUUCAAGAGGCCGCCCUGGAGGAAGUUCAGAUCCUCUAUCACACCAA